AAAACGAAACUUAUGUUUUGCCAGAAAGCGCUAUGUGAAACCGAAACUUACCGAGACAUUUUUAGUGGUCCUGCAAGAGCCUGAGAGCUAAAACAUCAACGAAGUGCUGGAGAACAACAUUUGCUGAAAUCAAAAAAGCUAGCUUUCAUUUGACCAUUGGACAAAGAUCCAGGACGUGUGGAUCUUCCGGGUGAGUGUGGAUCUUCAUUGUGGACAGUAUGGAUCUUCCAGCUAAGCUCUCCACUCUCUCCAUGGACACUUCAUUAUGUUACCCCCGUUUUCAACCUGACACGGAAAGCAUAAUGUCUGUGAUGCAUGAUCUUAAGGAAAAGAACAUUUCAGACAACACGCUUCUCUCCAACUUGGACUUUGCUGAGAGAUUCCUUCAAUACCAUCCUCUAAAGCAGAACUCAAAGUUGUUGGUUAAAGGAAACUACUCUUGUGUACAAAUUGGUGACAGUAAACAGGUGAUCUUUACUGUAAGAUCAGAAAACAACCAAGUCUUUGUGAAUGUCUGUAUCCACAACAUAUAUAAUGGUGGAAAAGUCUUAAAGGAUUCCAUUACAGCCAGUCACUUUUUCAAUCACUCUUGCCAAGAUGAGUUUAAAUCCUGUUUUACACAGGCUCAAGAAGCUGUUCCUAAAGAGGGUCUGACAAGUUUACAGGUUAUAUGCAACAGGUUCUCAGUCACCUACAGCACCCAAUUUCAAAGUCCAGGCCCGACUGUGGAAACAAAGUGUCGGUUAAAGCUUGUGAACUUCACUGCUGAAGGUUUGCUGAACAAAAAAGUCUGGCUGCAGAAAGAGAAGCCCACAUGUCACGGUUUGAUAGCAUGUGUACACUAUCUCACAAAGCAGUGCCUUACCACAAGCAUCUCUCCAUUGUUUUGGUAUGGAUUUGUCAUCCAUGCGGACAAAGAAAUAAUCAAAAUCUGUCGAGGUGAAAUCGUUAACAAAGAGUAUGUAUUGCUACAUGAUGAUGAGGGGAUCUCAAUGUUUCCUCCAACACUGUAAUAGAAGCUAUGACAGAAUACUGCAACAUAGUCUGUUUAAAAUAAAUAUAAUCACAGACAUGAUUAAAUGAAUUAAUUUUCCACAUAAUCACAAAUCUUCACGACUAAAUGUUUGUUUAAAAUAUAACAAUGCCGUAACCUCUUGAGUCAGUAUAUGCAAUGCGUAUCUUUUGUUUUGUGCUUUGUGACAAGGAAAUGUUUUAAUAGAUUUACAUUUGCAUGCUUCAUCUGUGUUUGCUGACAAAAAAUUCUAUUAUGCUGUAUUGUUUAUAAUCUUUAAUAUCAUAAUAAUAGAUGUAAAUAAACAGCUUGAUUCUUUGUUCUUUGUAGUUCUGUAUCCUGCAUGUUGAAUUUUAUUAAGUGAUGAAGAUCAGAUUUGAAUGUAUAAAGUAAUGCACAAACAUUUUAACAGUUAUAUAAAAUACGUUACAGUGAAUUUAAAGCAUAAUAAAACAGUAUGAAACAA